AUUAUAACAACCUAAGACUCUUAUUGACGAACUGUGUUAUCUAGCAGAUGUAAGUGUUAUUAUUUAAGUACUUGAAAGCAUAGGAUAUACUAUACAGGUUUUUAUAGUAGCCUACAUACAGUUGUCAAACAGAUUGGCGAUAUAUAUUUGAGUUGAGGUCGUCAAUAUACUUCUCUCACGAGGUUUUCAUUUAUAACAGUGGAUAUUUACGAGCAGAUUGAUCAGCUGCAGAGUAUAUUAGUUGAUUUUGACUUUGAUUUUCAACACAAUGUUCUUCCAUGCAGCAUCACUGUGUCGUGUUGUGUCGCGGAUGACAAUCAGAAAUGUAGGAAGGGGUUUCAAAACCAGCCUAGGGAUAUACGGAAAAGCCAAACCCUCUCACAGUGCUGAUUUCGUGGAAAGUUUUAAACCAACACUCGGAUACGUAACGAGUAUUGCUGUCACUGAACAAGGUCGAGUGGUUGCUGCAGAAAACAAGAAAUUUCGUGACAGUAUCGAAGUUAGGCACGAGAUAAGCCGGGUGAACGUAUAUGAUGCGGAAAAUGGCGAGGUAGUUGGAGAAUGUGAGAGUGUAGAUACUUACAUCGAUGACCCUAGUUCUCCAAGGCUCGUAUACCCCACUUCGUACCAUGAUGUUGCAGUUUUCGAGAAUGGAAACAUCGCAGUGAAAUGUAAGCUUUACCCAGAGGAAAGGGAUUGGGCGGGUUGCGUCGGUAUUUUCAACCCGGAAGGUAAAUUCAUCAAAUUUCUUGGCGAACGUUGGGUGCUUAAUCAUGGCCUGGCGGUUAAUAGCAAAAGUCAGAUUUUGCUAGGGGUAUGGGACGAAGAGGAGACCCCCUACCGAGUAUGUGUGUAUUCAGAGAGCGGGAAACUCAAACGGGAAAUUGCAGACGACAGAUUUGGACCACAGAUGUCGCUAGCUGUUAAUGCCAAUGAUGACAUCGUAUUGGCCGAUAUGGAUUCUGGACGACUUAACAUAUUCGACUCGGAUGGUAAAUAUCUAUUUGACGUUAAAAUACGAAGCCAUACAGGCGAUAAAGAAAACCAGUCAGACAGUAUGGAUUCACUAUCUGUUUGCUGUGACGCACAAGGAAACAUCUUCUGUGCUGAUGAACGCUCCGGAAAAGUGCAUAUGAUAUCAGUUGAUGGUCGAAGCCAUAAUAUCAUUGUUUCAGAACGCAGUCACAAGAAGGACGCUCUUGUUGCACCAAAAGCAAUCGCCGUUUAUGAUGGGGGCAUACUAGUUGCAGAAUCGGGUGUAUCAAAUUUGGUAAAAAUGUUCAAGUACAUGUAAUCAGAAAUGACAUAGUUCGAUACAUAUAGUCAGAUGCAUGACUUCACGAUUUGUAAGCAUACAGCAUAAAUGGUUUUGAGUUUUAUAAGAAUAUACAUAUACGCACAUACAGCAUGCGUUUAAUAACGUUAUUGAUUUCAAUAACGAAUCAUUUACAUCUUGCAGUAUAUGUAUUGGAAAUAAUUUUAAUGCCAGCUUGAAUAAAAUAUUUAAUCGAUGCAGACAAUCACAACAUAUAUUAAUUUGAACUAGAUUGUAUUAUAAAGGGGGAUUCCAAUCAGAAGACAAUGAAUGAUAAUAUCUUAUAUCAGAGCAAUUGUCAUACUUUUGUCACUUUAUUAAUAUAUGCACCCGAAUAAAUAAGUUAAUAUGGUACAAUAAUUAAUUGAGGAGG